AAAGUGUCAAACGAAGUAGUAACCAACCACCGGAGGUUGAGUGUACCAGUUUUUUAUGACUAUUGUUAACAUUACGUGCAAAGAUAUUUGCUUUGCCGGCCACAAUGUAGUGUUAUCGGGAAGCUGUCGGUAUUCGUUUUCAUCGCCGUAAGAAUUGUAAAAGCUAAUGACCCAAUUGUCAUGGCGAGAUAAAGCCAUUUCUAGAAGCAAUGUAUCCGCUUCAAACCGGAUUGACUACUGCUGAUAAGUUAACUCAUAGUCAUGUUAUAGAGUGGUUUCCCGUCUCUGUUGUUGGUCAGUUAUGUUAAAUAAUGUAUAAACAACUCCUGGCGGUUUCAACUGAUUUGACCCAAAAAUUGAAAGACAGGCAUAAAAAAACCAGAAAAAAACUCAAUCACACGCACGCUAUCACGACAAACAUACAACAAGCUUCAACUGCUCAAAAUGGAAACAUAAACAUCAUUCUUUCUCACUAAAUGUCAGUCCUACACGCUGAUAGAAAUAAACUGUUUUGGGUGACUGUUACACGAUCAACACAAGUUGUCGUCUUCAUUCAUUUUAAUACAGAUUCCGACCUGGACUACCGGGAACAAUUUCCCGACAUACGACCCCUGAUCCGGCGCCAGUUCAGCGGCAUUUGGACGCGCGAGAAUGCCAUCCGACGAUUCCCGGUCCUCCAGUGGGGCCCGCAGUACACGCUAAAGAAGCUAGCGUCGGAUGCGAUCGCCGGCAUUACUGUCGGGUUGACGUCGAUCCCGCAGAGCAUCGCGUACGCCGUGGUCGCCAACCUGGAGCCCCAGUACGGGCUGUACUCGAACUUUAUGGGUUCGUUUGUGUACGCGUUCUUUGGCAGCGUGAAGGAGAUCACGAUCGCACCCACCGCCAUUAUGGCGCUGAUGGUCCAGCACAAGGUGCUCCAGCUGGGACCGGCGGGGGCCAUUUUGGCGUCGUUCCUGUCCGGAUGUAUCAUCCUGCUGCUCGGAUUACUCAACUUUGGCUUUGUGGUGCAGUUUAUCUCGAUGCCGGUUAUUACGGGCUUUAUAACGGCUGCCGCGAUCACGAUCAUGAGCAGCCAGAUCAAAUCGUUGAUGGGAAUCUCCAGCGCAGGGCGGUCCAGCUCGUUCGUGGACUCGUGGGCAAAUGUGUUUGAGAAUGUGGGACAGACGCGGCUGUGGGACGCACUGCUCGGGUUCGGCACGUUGGCCAUCUUGAUCUUUAUUACGCUGAUCAAAGGCCGAGGUUCAGGACGAUGGCGAAGCUUUACCAACAAUCUGAAUCUGCUACGAAACGCCCUGGUCGUGAUUGGCGGUGGAGUGCUAGCCUACGGGUUUGCCACGCGCGAUCUGCAGCCGUUCCGGUUGACCGGCAAGGUCGCGUCCGGAUUUCCCACGGUAGAACUACCUCCGUUCUCUACGACCUUUAAGGACGAGUUCUACGACUUCCCACGGAUGUUACACAUCCUUGGCUCUUCGGUGAUCGCGAUCCCAAUGAUCUCGAUCCUCGAGGUCGUUUCCAUCGGGAAGGCCUUCACCAAGGGCAAGCCUGUGGACGCUACCCAGGAAAUGAUCGCACUCGGACUUUGCAACAUUGCUGGGUCAUUUACGUCGUCGAUCCCAACGACGGCGUCCUUCGCCCGAACUGCGAUCAACAGUAGCAGCGGAGUUCGGACACCGUUCGGUGGAGUGUUCACCGGUAUUCUGGUCCUGUCAGCUCUCGGUCUACUCACCGAUUGGUUCUACUACAUCCCGAAGGCAACCCUUGCAGCGGUCAUCAUCGCCGCAAUGGUCUUCAUGAUCGAGUACCGCGCCGUAGCGGAAAUGUGGCGCAUCAAGCGAAUCGACAUUAUUCCCUUCCUGGUAACCGUCGUUUCGUGUCUCUUUGCCGGCCUCGAGUACGGAAUACUCAUAGGAAUCGGCGUAAAUCUCUGCUUUCUGCUGUAUCUAAUAUCGCGCCCCCGAAUCGACCAUCGAACGAUCAAAAUCAACUCGACCAACGCGCUCAUCCUGCGACCCACGAACGACCUGGCCUUCUCGUCGGCCGAAUACCUGCGCGAUCGAAUAAUCCGGAUGGCGUCGGAACACGCCGCGGACGUGGUGGUGAUCGACGGAGAGCUUAUCAAAUACGUGGACUCGACGGUGGUGAAGAACCUGUCCGGAACGGUGACCGAUUUGAACGCCCAAGGUCGGGAUGUGCUGCUGUGGAGGUGGAACCGAGAGGUGCAGUACUCGCUGUAUCGGUACAGGAAGGACCAAUUUAUGCCGCUGUUUCGAGCGGAUGGUAACGAGGAAGCGAUGAUACGCGAGUGGAAGAGUCCGCCGUUUGGGGAAGGGAGCGUUUAACGGAAAUGUUGGGUGGUAAUGGAGGCUAGUGGCAUGAUGUGAUAUUAGAAUUGAGGUAGAAUUCAUUGCAAAUACAAAGAUGAAUUGGAAUCCUGAUAAAUGGAAUGAUGUUCAAUGUCAUCCUCAUUCGAUCUGUAAAGAUCCGAAACCGAAAAAAAUAUCGAAGGGUAUUUUAGCUAGUUCAAUUGCAGUAGUUCAAUAAUGAAAUAAUAAUGAUGAAUAAAAAACACAA